AUGGGAGUUCUUGAUCUUCUGCCUCAUGCCGUCAGUGCAGUUUAUUUCAUGUAUCACGAAAGUGUUAAUGAUCUUGGUUUCGGGAAGUUAGGUGCUAUGCGAGAGAUUGCUAUGGCUAAAGAGUCAGGCUAUCGGUGGUGGUAUGCGGGAUUCUAUAUUCAUACUUGCAAAAAGAUGCGUUAUAAAGGAGAUUAUUCACCACAGUAUAUUCUAGAUCCUGAAUCAUAUCUCUGGUAUUUAUUUUCCAAAGAUAUCAAAAAUCAGCUAGACACGAGUAAAUAUCUGGGAUUUUCGAAGGAAAAAAGUGAAGCCAGUGAACAUUUAUCGAAUGCAAUAUCAGCAUCAUCUCCAUGCGAAUCUACUGAACAGGAAGGUUCUACGGCUAAUAAUAGAAUUAGUGACUUGGAUGAGGAUGAUGUGCCAGUUUUUGCGACAGGCAUGCCGGGUAUUCUAACCAGAGAUGAACUCCUAUCCCAAGUCGACCUCAACGAAGUCAUCAUUGAAGUCGAUAAUAUGCGUACUAAAGCAAGUUGUCUCAUCGGCUGGCAGAAGAGUAACAUUGAUUCUAAUCUCUCAGUCAAAGGUUUCAUAGCAGGACUAGUCGCUACAGUUGGUCCCGACCUGUUAUCUAAGAUCGUUAUUAAACUUCGAUGA